CGGACCUGAGCAGUAAGUGUCAAUCUAACUGUGACGGGGCGGCUGAGACGACGGCAGUGUUCCCUGCGGCCUGGGCAGAUCGUAAGUUCAAGUUACUUUUAAGUUGACAGAUAGCCACUAUGGAGACUAAGGAUCAGAAGAAGCACAGAAAGAAACACAGUGGGCCCAAAGCUGAGAAAAAAAAGAAACGGCAUCUGCGGGAUCUUCAGCUUGGAGAUGAAGAAGAUGCCAGGAAGAGAAACCCCAAAGCUUUUGCAGUCCAGUCUGCUGUGCGUAUGGCACGAUCCUUUCACAGAACUCAGGACUUAAAGACAAAAAAGCAUCACAUUCCAGUGGUUGACCGAACCCCACUAGAGCCCCCACCAAUAGUGGUUGUGGUAAUGGGGCCUCCAAAAGUUGGAAAGAGCACUUUAAUACAGUGCCUCAUUCGGAACUUCACUCGGCAGAAGUUGACUGAGAUCAGAGGCCCUGUGACAAUCGUGUCAGGCAAAAAGCGCAGACUCACAUUCAUUGAAUGUGGGUGUGACAUUAACAUGAUGAUUGAUCUGGCCAAAGUUGCAGAUCUGGUGCUGAUGCUUAUAGAUGCCAGCUUUGGGUUUGAAAUGGAAACAUUUGAGUUUCUAAACAUCUGUCAAGUACAUGGCUUUCCUAAAAUUAUGGGAAUUCUCACCCAUUUGGACUCCUUCAAGCAUAAUAAGCAACUGAAGAAGACAAAGAAACGAUUAAAACACAGGUUUUGGACGGAAGUCUAUCCGGGUGCCAAGCUCUUCUACCUCUCUGGAAUGGUACAUGGAGAAUAUCAGAACCAAGAGAUUCACAACCUGGGCCGUUUUAUCACAGUCAUGAAGUUUAGGCCUCUCACAUGGCAAACUUCUCACCCUUAUAUCCUGGCAGACAGGAUGGAAGACUUGACAAACCCUGAGGAUAUCCGGACAAACAGCAAGUGUGACCGAAAGGUGUCUCUUUAUGGUUAUCUACGAGGAGCACACUUGAAAAAUAAAAGCCAAGUUCACAUGCCAGGUGUCGGAGAUUUUGCUGUGAGCGAUGUCAGUUUCCUGCCAGACCCAUGUGCUCUUCCUGAACAGCAAAAGAAACGCUGUUUAAAUGAGAAAGAAAAGCUGGUUUAUGCGCCUCUCUCUGGAGUUGGGGGUGUGCUGUAUGACAAAGAUGCUGUCUAUGUCGACCUUGGUGGCAGCCAUGGCUUUCAGGCAAUGGAGGAGGCAGGGCCCACCCAGGAGCUGGUCCAGAGUCUCAUUUCCACCCACUCCACUAUUGAUGCCAAGAUGGCUUCAAGCAGAGUGACACUUUUUUCUGAUUCCAAACCUUUGGGGUCAGAGGAUAUAGAUAACCAAGGGCUGUGGAUGCCAAAAGAGGAAAAGCAGCUGGAUGUGAGUAGUGGUCGGAUACGCCGCAGAGCCUUGUUUGGAGAUGAAGAAGGUGAAUCUGGAGGCAGCGAUGAGGAGGAGGAUGAAGACAGUGACGGCCUGGAAGGUGGUUCUAGUGGUGAUGAGACAGAGGAGGAACAAGGUCCUGAAGGCACUGAGUGUGAGUACGCAGAGGGCAAGGGUGUCAAGCGGCUGAAACUGGAGACAGAUGAGGACAGUGAGGUGGACUUGCCAGCAUUUGCUGACAGUGAUGAUGACCUUGAGAGGAGCUCAGAGGAUGGAGAAGAGGAGGAAGCCAAUGAAAGCAGUGAGGAUGAUGACCUCGGUGGAGAGGAGGACAUUCUAGAAUUGAAGGCUGAUAGAGAAGGUGGCAAAGGAAGACUGUUGCCAGCUAGCCUUCGGAGUGGCCACCAAAGCCUGGAGAAGUCUUUGCCAAUGAGGAAAGCAGUCCUAGCCGCUUCUGACUCUGGCCACUGCACAGCGGAGGAGGCCUUUGCAUCUGGAGAAAGCUCCUCACCUAGCUCAGAGGAGGAGGAUGCAGGAGACGGAGAGGCUGUUGGGCAGAAGCACAUGUGCCCUUCCAGAAGGCAACAUGGUCAGAAACCAGGGUCGAAGAACUUGAUUGAGGAGACCAGUGAUAUUGAAGAUUUACUCAAAGAGGAAGAAGAUUAUAAGGAAGAAAAUAACUGUUCCGGGGAAACAUCAGGGGCUCUCAAGUGGAAGGAAGACCUCUCGAGGAAGGCAGCAGAGGCCUUUCUGCGACAGCAGCAAGCAGCACCAAACCUCCGAAAGCUUAUUUAUGGGACAGUGAUAGAAGAUGAUGGAGAUGAUGAUGGAGAUGCCCAAGAAGAGCUGGGAGGGCUGUUCCGCAUCAGGCAGCCUGAUGGAGGGUGCAAGCGCAAGGCUGAUGCACUAGACUGCUCCAAGUUUCCUGUGGAAGCGCCCCAUGAUUGGGACUUGGAGGAGGUUAUGAACAGUAUACGAGACUGCUUCGUGACAGGGAAGUGGGAAGAAGACAAGGAUGCAGCCAAGAUCCUAGGAGAAGACGAUGAGCUCUAUGGUGACUUUGAAGACCUAGAAACAGGGGAUGUGCACAAGGGAAAGCCAGAGCCAGAUGCUCAGACUGAAGAUGUAGAAGGAGAAGUCAAGGAAGAAACUGACCCCAGCACAGAGGAAGACGCCAAGAAAAAGCAUUUGGAGAAGAAGAGAAAAUUGAAGGAGCUGUUUGACGCAGAAUAUGAUGAAGGAGAAAGCACUUAUUUUGAUGACCUUAAAGGAGAAAUGCAGAAACAAUCACAGCUUAACCAAGCAGAAUUUGAAGAUCAGGAUGAUGAAACUAGAGUUCAGUAUGAAGGUUUUCGACCUGGGAUGUAUGUCCGAAUUGAGAUUGAAAAUGUCCCCUGCGAAUUUGUGAUGAACUUUGACCCCCACUACCCAGUUAUUCUGGGUGGCUUGGGCAACAGUGAGGGCAACGUGGGGUAUGUGCAGAUGCGUCUGAAGAAACAUCGCUGGUAUAAGAAAAUCCUGAAGUCCCGAGAUCCAGUCAUUUUUUCUAUUGGGUGGAGGAGAUUUCAGACCAUCCCACUCUACUACAUUGAAGACCACAAUGGACGACAGAGGCUUCUAAAAUACACCCCACAGCACAUGCACUGUGGAGCAACCUUUUGGGGUCCCAUCACUCCACAAGGAACUGGGUUCUUGGCAAUACAGUCUGUCAGUGGUGUAAUGCCUGAUUUCCGGAUAGCUGCCACAGGAGUUGUCCUUGAUCUGGAUAAAUCCAUAAAAAUUGUGAAGAAAUUAAAGCUAACUGGUUUUCCUUAUAAAAUUUUCAAGAAUACUUCAUUUAUUAAGGGAAUGUUUAAUUCUGCUUUGGAGGUGGCCAAGUUUGAAGGUGCUGUGAUUCGGACUGUCAGUGGGAUUAGAGGACAGGUCAAGAAAGCACUGCGGGCUCCAGAGGGGGCUUUCCGGGCCAGCUUCGAGGAUAAGCUGCUGAUGAGUGAUAUUGUCUUCAUGCGAACGUGGUACCCUGUGUCCAUCCCAGCCUUUUAUAAUCCAGUUACGUCUCUGCUGAAACCAGUCGGUGAGAAAGACACCUGGUCAGGAAUGAGGACCACAGGUCAGCUCAGGCUCGCCCACGGGAUCAAGCUGAAGACCAGCAAGGACUCUCUGUAUAAGCCGAUCCUGAGGCAAAAGAAACAUUUUAAUUCACUGCACAUUCCCAAAGCCUUGCAGAAGGCUCUGCCUUUUAAGAACAAGCCCAAGCUCCAAGCAAAGGCCGGCCAGGUGCCCAGGGACAGGUGGAGGCCAGCUGUCAUCCGCGAGCCUCACGAGAGGAAGAUCCUGGCACUUCUGGAUGCGCUGAGCACAGUCAACAGCCAGAAGUUGAGGAAGGCCAAGGAACAGCGGCAUCUGCACAAUAAGGAGCACGCCAGAGCAAAGCAGAAGGAAGAGGAGGAGAAGCUGAGGCGGCAGAAGGACCUCAGGAAGAAGCUUUUCCGAAUCCAGGGCCAGAGGGAGAAAAAGAAUCAGAAGUCCAGUCUGAAGGGGGCUGGGAACAGUUGAAGGGUCUGUAGGAUUGAGGGGCUGGGUUUGGCUCCACAGAGCUGGACAGGUCAGAGCCUCACAGUGCUUGUUAAUAAGGCAGGGCUCUGGCGCCCAGGAGAGACUUCUGCUGGAUGCAUAACCCCAUCUGUGCCUUCAAGAGGAGAAACAGGAAGACUGCUGGCCAGACUGUUGCUCAUUCUGUGCAUCUAGUGACAGGAUUUGAAGUGGUGUAACUUAUGAUUAUAUGUAUCAUUUUACUUUCUUCGGCCUGUCUCAGUUGAAUCAUUUUGUGCUGUAAAAACACCAUUAAAAUAUU